CUUCCGCUGGUCCGUGAUUCGAAGACGCAGGGGGGUUUCCUAGAGUGCUGGUAGGGGGGAUAUAAAGUCGGACUCGACGCCUCGGUCGAAGAAGGGAGCGGUAUUACGAAAAGCCACCUUGUCGUAUGUGAAAAGGGUUUUGAGACCUUCAUGACACCGCGUUCGAAUGUCUAUGUGUUUGAAUGGGCAAGGGAGUUAGUUUGUGCCAGGUAGGAUACGGCAUGUGUUGAGUCUUGGUGUACAGUACACAGGGUGGGCAGUCCCCGAUAUUCCGCGGACACAGGGCACGAGACAUCGGAAUAACGUCUGAUAUUAUAUGGCAUUGGAUGAUUUUUCUAAUAUGACCGAGCACUUGCAUGUCGGUCAGUACUCGGAGACCUCUCUGGGCGAAUGCCGAAGCUCGAUUACGAAACAUGAGAGAACCUUGGAAUAAAGUACCAUUGAUACCGCGUUCAUUGUUUUGGAUGACAUCCUACCAAGAAUUAUCGACCAGGCUGUAACGAAGUACGGGAACCACGAUACAUCAUAAGAAUGGAGCGAGUUGAUUGUAAGGAGAAUAAAGACCGAGUAUACAUAUGAUAGCAACACCCGUACCGUUUCAACAAUCGAUCUCAUCGAACUUUUCACAAACCCUAACCAGCCCAAUGACAGCCGAUCGUAUCAAUUGAGGCAACUGUCCACUUCCAACGGAUAAAACCGCACUGCACCUUCCCACGAAGGCCCGGAAACCUAAAACCGCCAAGCCACACGAGCACUCACUAAACCCAUUACUAUCACCGUUUAGUCAUCAAAUCGGAGACCGUGACUGCUCCUCCCCAACUCCCACAACACACAUCCACACAACCACCCUCAAUCAUACUUACAAAAAUAAUCCCCAAACCAAUCUCACUAACAACUAACGAUCGAACGACACACACACCCAACAGCGACGACAACACCAUGCCGACCAGAUUGACGAAAACCAGAAAGCACCGCGGUCACGUAAGUGCCGGACACGGUCGUGUCGGGAAGCACAGAAAACAUCCCGGUGGUCGUGGUAUGGCUGGUGGUCAGCACCAUCACCGCACCAAUCUCGACAAGUACCAUCCAGGAUACUUCGGAAAAGUCGGUAUGAGGUACUUCCGUAAGCAGCGCAAUCAUUUCUGGAACCCCGUUAUCAACCUUGAUAAACUGUGGUCCCUCGUCCCUGCCGAAUCCCGUAGCAAAUACCUCUCGGCGAAGUCUGACACCGCUCCCGUCAUUGACUUGCUCGCGCUGGGAUACUCUAAGGUCCUUGGUAAGGGUCGUCUCCCGGAGGUCCCCGUCAUCGUCAAGGCGAGGUAUGUCUCUGCGCUUGCGGAGAAGAAGAUCAAGGAGGCUGGUGGGGUUGUUGAGCUUGUUGGAUAAAAAAGCAAAAAAAUUCAAUAUCAACUUCAUUUCUUUG